GCAAAUGAAUCUACCACCACAAAUACAACCCGGAUGGAACUUUUUCACGAUACAAAGCAUGUUGUGUGGUUCGUGGAUUUUCACAGCAGCCUGGUAUUGAUUAUGGAGGGACAUUUAGUCUUGUGAUCAAGCCAGCAACAAUACGAGUUGUGUUGAGCAUUGCCAUGUCCUCUUGGCCAAUUCAUCAAUUGGAUAUCAAGAACUUCCUUCAUGAUAGUCUCUCCGAAACAGUCUAUUGCACUCAGCGUUCUGGAUUUCUUGAUGCCUCCAACCCAUCACAUGUUUGCAAACUCAACAAAUCACUAUAUGGGUCUGAAACAAGCUCCACGCACUUGAUUUCAGCGGUUCAAACAAUUUCUUCUUUCUCUUGGUUAUCAUGCAUCUAGAGCUGACUCAUCACUUUACAUUCUCCACACACCCGUUUGGACAUCAUAUAUACUGCUUUAAGUGGAUGACAUUAUACCCACUGCAUUCCACUCUCCUUCUGCAACCCAUCAUAUCCAAGCUUCGCAAUGAAUUUGCAAUGAGUGAUCUUGGUCCACUGUCACACUUCUUGCGCGUACACGUCACCCCAGCACCUUCUGGAGUUUUCCUCAUGCAAGAGCAGUAUGUCAAUGAUCUACUUGACCGUGCCAACAUGAGCACAUUUUAUCCAUGCUGCACUUCCAUUGAUACAAAACCAAAAGUCUCAGCUUCUGUCGGCAAACCAGUAGCAGAUCCAACGGAAUAGAGAAGUCUAGCACGGGCACUUCAUACUUUACCCUUACCCGACCAGACAUAUCUUAUGCCCUGCAACAAAUCUGUCUAUUCAUACAUGAUUCAAAGAAACCACAUCUUCUGCUGCUCAAAUGGGCUCUACGCUAUCUCAGUGGGACUCCAGAUUAUGGAUUGCAUCUAACCCGCUCAGCUUCCACAGACAUUGUCGCAUAUUCAGAUGCAGAUUGGACCGGAUGCCUGAACACCCAACGAUCAACAUCUGAUUAUUGUGUCUAUCUUGGCAACAACCUUGUGGCAUGGUCCUCAAAAAGACAGCAUGUCAGCUCUCGUCCGAGUACGGAGGCCAAAUACCGGUCUGUGGCAAAUGCAGUCUCUGGAACCUGUUGGCUUCCUUAACUUCUCAACGAGCUGCGACGUCCUCCUCACCGUGCAACAUUGGUAUAUUGUGAUAAUGUCAGUGCACAAUACCUGUCCUCCAACCCUGUGCAGCAUCAAAGAAUAAAACACGUGGAGAUUGAUCUUCACUUUGUCAGUGUCAGGGACAAAGUAUCUCUCGGUGUAAGUAUUGCAUGUUCCAUCUCGGUCACAAUUUGAAGACAUAUUCACCAAAGGCCUGCCACGAGUACUAUUUGAUGAGUUCAGAAACAGCCUGCACAUUUCACCACGUCCAGGCUGAGAGGGGGCUAUUGGCAGGUAACGAUCGUGGAGUUCAGGUCCACCACUACAUGCAAAGGCUCUCCUCAGAUGUAGCUCCAUUUGACUAGUGUGUGAUCCUUAUCACCGCUCAUGUAAAUAACCCCUGUACUUGUACUUGCCUAUAUUAAGGCCUUGGUGAUAUCAAUAAAGAUGAGGCAUCCUGCCGUUCUGCACUGCACUCAUUCCUUCCUAGCCAGGCCACAAGAUACUUUAGAAUUGAAGCAGCAUGAAGAAUAAGCAGCGGAUCCUCCUCCAUGUUCUCUUCUUCGUCUUCUUCUUCAUCCUCAUGGCUGCCCUUGCUGUUGAUGCUGAUGAUCCACAGGAGUUGCAGGAGCAGCAUCGAUCCCUGCUCCAGACUCCCCCAAAGAUAGACUGCCCGUCGAGCUGCCUGGAGCGCUGCGGCAGAAACUGGAAGAACAAGAUGUGCAACAAGAUGUGCAACGUCUGCUGCAACCGCUGCAGCUGCGUGCCGCCGGGAACCGGCCAGGAGACACGCCACCUCUGCCCCUGCUAUGACACCAUGGUCAACCCAAAAACCGGCAAGCCCAAGUGCCCGUAGCCUAGUGCCUCAGGCCAAUCUGGCAAUUUCUGCCGUGCGUGUUAUCUAUGUAUGCUAUCAUCUUCAUGUUAACUAUAUCAACUGAUGAUAAAUAAACACCAGACUUUCUCCUCA